AUUUGUUCAUUUGCUCUUUGAAGCGGCACUACCAGCACAAUGAAUCGGAAGAGGUUACAAAUAGGACCGCUCAAAAAAGAUCACAGUCAGUGUGGCUUCGAUCCAAGCAAAGGAAUGAUAACUGGAAAAAGCGCUGAAAACAAGAUUAUGGGCCAAAUGAACUAUAUUCGUAUGUAUCUUGCUGGAAAACUCGUGUUCCCGCCGGACACAAGGGAGUAUUCCUUUGAGUUCAAUGAUCUCGAAGAAUUAGCCUCACUUGGAAAUGGUAGUUUUGGUACCGUCAAAAAGAUGCGUCACAUACCUACCGGAAAAUUGAUGGCUGUAAAGGUGAGUUUUGACAUAUCUCCCAGUCAUACUGGAGUAACAAUAGUAGCGUUGAAUGCGAUCCUUCACCAUCAUAUAGGCGAGUAUCUCUGCUAA